GUAGCUCAGUUCAAAGUGAACAGCUUAAGUGUGCAGUUUUUCAGCACAGAUCCGAAGUGCAAUUGCAGUUCUAAAUAAAAAUUUUAAUUAUUUCAACGUAUAAAAAUAAUUGCAUUCUUGAAACUAUGGAGCGCUGGUUAAAAUCUGUUGCCGUAGUCACUGGUGCCAGUUCUGGAAUAGGUGCUGCCAUUGCUAAAGACUUGGCAAAUGCAGGAUUAAUUGUUGUUGCCUUGGCUCGUCGCAUUGAACGUGUAGAGGAAAUACGUGCCGAAUUAUCACCAAAAGUGCAACCGAAUUUUUAUGCUAUCAAGUGCGAUGUUACAGAUCGUAACGCUGUCAAUGAAACUUUUGAUUGGAUUGAAGAGAAUUUAGGUGGGAUUGAUAUAUUGAUAAAUAAUGCUGGCACACUUUUCACUGGUCAAAUUGUGACUGCUGAUAUCGAUAAAAUGCAGAAUGUCCUGCAAACCAAUAUAAUGGGUGUUGUUUUAUGUACUCAACGUGCUUUUAAAUCGAUGAAAGCUCGCAAAGUUGAUGGGCAUAUUGUUAAUAUUAAUAGCAUCACUGGGCAUUAUAUACCCAGUCUAGCAGAACCGCUUAUGAUGAACAUUUAUCCAGCAUCAAAGUACGCCAUAACAGCAAUCAAUGAAAUCGUGCGUCAAGAAGUUCGUGAUUUGGGUACAAGAAUAAAAAUUACUGUAAGUUUUUGUUAAGAAUUAGAUAUAAGUCGGGUGGUAAUGUUAAUAGAAUACUUUCGCGAAGUCUUAUGUACUUUUAAGUC